AUGUCUACAAUCGAGACUGUUAGUAUUCCAAACAUUGCCUGGGACACUGCCGCCAACAUUCACUUCCCACCGAACUUUAGGAAGACCAAAAAGUACCCAGCUGUCGUGUCUGCCCAUCCUAUUGGCUCCUGUAAGGAGCAGACCGCAGGCAACAUCUAUGGGGAAGCCAUGGCGGCCGCAGGCUUUAUUGUCGUUGCCUUCGAUGCGUCUUUCCAAGGCGCCUCGGGUGGGCAGCCCCGCUUCAUUGAGAACCCCGAAUUUCGCUUCUCCGAUUUUCGCUUCGUGGUCGACUACAUCCAAACUCUGCCCUAUGUUGAUGCCGAGCGGAUUGGUGUGCUCGGUGUUUGUGGCGGAGGUGGCUACGCGAUUAACGCAGCUAUGACAGACUACCGCUUCAAAUGCUGCGUCGGCAUCACGCCGAAGAUGGCAAAUCAGCGCACCAUUGAGUCCCAGGGUGCUGAAUGCCUUGUCAUCAAUCUACUCCCCCCAUCUGUCGAAGAGGCCAAGAAAUCCACAACGGACAUCGACGUCAUCGAGGCGACCGAAUACUAUAAGACUUCGCGCGGCGAAGAGCCCAACGGCUGCACCAGCGGUUUAUUUUCAUUCAAUAGCGCUGCCCUCGGGUGGGAUGCAUUCAACCACGCGGAAGUGCUCAUGACAAACCCCUCAUGGUGGUAG